ACGCCUGGCUCGGAGCAGUAGCAGCACCGCGGCUGCCGAGGGUUUCUCUGGCCAGUGUCUCUCCCUCUGGUCUACAGCAUGGGGAAUAUCUUUGCGAACCUCUUCAAGGGCCUUUUUGGCAAAAAAGAAAUGCGCAUUCUCAUGGUGGGCCUGGACGCUGCAGGGAAGACCACCAUCCUGUACAAAUUGAAACUGGGUGAGAUCGUGACCACCAUCCCCACCAUAGGUUUCAAUGUGGAGACUGUGGAGUACAAGAACAUCAGCUUCACCGUGUGGGACGUGGGUGGCCAGGACAAGAUCCGGCCUCUGUGGCGCCACUACUUCCAGAACACACAAGGUCUCAUCUUUGUUGUUGACAGCAAUGACCGAGAGCGUGUGAAUGAGGCCCGAGAGGAGCUCAUGCGGAUGCUGGCGGAAGACGAGCUCAGGGAUGCUGUUCUGCUCGUGUUUGCAAACAAGCAGGACCUCCCCAACGCCAUGAACGCAGCUGAAAUCACGGACAAGCUGGGUCUGCACUCUCUGCGCCACAGGAACUGGUACAUUCAGGCCACCUGUGCCACCAGUGGGGACGGGCUCUAUGAGGGACUGGACUGGCUGUCCAAUCAGCUCCGGAACCAGAAGUGAGCCGAACUCUUCUCUUCCCCCCUCACUCCCUCCUUCACCCUUGCUUUCCUCUCAUGUGGCAAAUGUGCCCCUGUGGUGUGAGUGCCAGAAGCUGUCUCCAUGGUCGGUCCCAGUGUGCUUCAUCAUGCUGUACAUGUGCAGACGCAGCCUGCAACCGGGUUUUUAUUUAAUGUAAAUAGUUCUUGUUUCCAUUGAGGCAGUUUCUGGUACUCCUAUGCAAUAUUACUCAGCUUUUUUUAUUGUAAAAAGAGAAUCAACCCACUGUUUAGUACUGAGAAGGGAUUUUAGGCACCCGGGGCCUCUAGGAGUUGCUGUGAGAUCAGCUCAGUGCUCCUCAUCUGGGCUUUAGAUCUGUGUUGAGAUCCAUUUUGGUGGUUGGUUUUUAACCCAAACUCAGUGCAUUUUUUUAUAAUAGUUAAAAAUACAAGGUAAGGAGACACUUGAACACAGAGAAGGGAGAAAUGUGCCUAGUGUAGGUUCUGCAGUAAUGGCUUGAGUCCAGUCCACCUGUGGUCUGUCUCCCGUCUGGAGCGUGCAGUGGGCAGAACCAGCCACAAUACAUUCUGCAUGGUCACUUACAGUCCCUGAUUGGCUCUAUCUCACUGGGUCAUUGCAUCCCAUAGCAUUUGUGCUUGUACCUGUGCUUACACCACUGCCCAGGGAAUGGGGUGGGGGCUGCAGCCACCAUUCACCCCUUAGAGGGACCGCAGCCUUCUCUUGGGUCAGUGUGGGUCAGCAUAGGUGCUUUGGUGGGACCACUCUGGUCAGAACAGGAGCCCCCCCAUGGUCCCCAAGCACGCUCACUUGCUCCAGGUUGCCUGGGUCUCACUAGUAGGAGCGCAGACAGGUGGCCAGUCAUCUUAGAGUCUAGCUCCUCAGAGCCCCUGCCCCGUCCACAUGUGCUUUCACUCCCUCAGCCUGCAAGGAUCAGAUUUGACAUCAAAAACAACAACCUCUACUUUUUUCUUUUGUAUUUUGAUAAACACUGAAGAAGCUGGAGCUGUUAAAAUUUAUCUUGGGGAAAACCUCAGAACUGGUUUAUCUGGUGUUGUGGAACCUCUUACUGCUUUCAAUACACGAUUAGUAAUCAACUGUUUUGUAUACUUGUUUUCAGUUUUCAUUUCGACAAACAAGCACUGUAAUUAUAGCUAUUAGAAUAAAAUCUCUUAACUAUU